AUGGCCGAAUUGAGGCACCACUACACGCCCUCACGCAAGCGGCCAGCUGCGGUGUCCCCCUCCCCUACUUCGUCGGAGGACGUCGAAAACGACCAAACCACCACAGAGGGUGUUACGUCUUCCAAAAAAGAUAGUAGCGUGGUGACUACUCCCCGAAGAGGAAGCAAGCGGAACAAAGUCAGUGGCAACAUCCAAGGCGAGAAUGAGGCGGUCCAAGAGGGCAUCACGUCGGCCGACACUAUCGAACUUGAGGCGGACUCUUCUCUGGCGCAGCGAGACGAGUUUUUCGGGCGAGCUUUCCGGCUAAUGCAAGAGUUCGCCGAGAAACACAAGAGAGAAGGCAUGCGUGUGCAUUUCGAAAUUGGUCGUCCCAUACCACCCCCGGCAGGUCUUUUUGCGCCUCCCCCAGACCCUGAAGACGAACAUGAAUGCGCUAAGCGCAACCUCUUGUGGCUGCAGGAUAAUGAAAAUAAUCUUCAAUCGUGGGCUGCGCAAAAAGACCAUCAAUUACAACAACAACUACAACAACAACAGCAACAACGACAACAACGACAGCAACAAUUACAGUAUUACCAACAACUACACCGACAACGCCAACAACUACAAUACCACCAACAACUUCAACAACAACACCCAUACCCAUACCACCAACAACUACAACAACAACACCCACACCCCCAACCACUGCCACACCACCAUCAACAACAACUCCAGCAACACCAACAACUCCAGCAACACCAACAACUCCGGCAACACCAACAACACCAACAACACCAACAACAGCAGCAGCUGCUGCUGCAUCAGCCUCUUCCGGCAGCCUCGUACCCUGCCCAACCGACCUACUUUCAGCCACCGAUGACUUACGAUAAUCCGUCUUCCUUUAUGCCUCCAGCUCAGAUGGCUGGUUAUGGUGAAUUCCAGGGUUACGCGGAUCAGUUCGCGCAGGUUCAUCCGUCGAAUGUUGAGUCAUUCCAUCCUCAGCCAGCGAACAGCCCGUCAACUCGCCCUCAACCAUUGGCAUCUUCUUUCCCGAGUGUUCAACCAUCCCCUUUCUCCGUGUUGCUUUCGUCGAGCCACCCCGAGUCGCAUGGUCCGCCGCCAAAGAACGAGAAACAUGAGAUGCCAGUCCAAGACAACGAGAUCGACUGGAGCGAUAUAGCGGCGAAAUUCAGCGGCAGCCCCCCAACAAGCUGCGCGGCAAUAUGA